AUGUUGCGCGCGCGUGUAAAUGACGAGGCUCGUGGGCCGCAACGACGUGCGUGCAAGAUCUCGUUCAGUAGAGGAGAGAGCGGAGCACACGAUGCUGCCGGAACGGUCGCGGGUCGAUCAGUAGAAAAGGCGCUGCGAGAGAGAGAGAGGACGCGGCGAGGCUUCUCUUUCCGAUACAGCUGCCUGGUAUGA